AUGCCAAAGACUUUUUUAGGAGUUGUGAGAGUAGUUACGGAGUUUGAGAAACCUCCGGGUGAUGCUGCCAAUCCAGAAUCUUACGACUAUCCAAUAAAGAUCAAGUACAUCAGAGGAUCGAGUGUUGAAGAAUUAGUGAGCAAUUCCAAUAACUAUUCAGAUCAGUUUAUACAAAACAUUCUUGACAAAAUGCAAGAAUUGAUCAAUGAAGGUGCUAGUGCCAUCAUAACUACCUGUGGAUUCUUGGCUAUCAUUCACCCAAUUAUAAGACUCAAAUUUCCAGGAUUUCCUAUUGGAACUUCUGCAUUGCUUCAAGUACCCGUUGCUAAUAAUUUGGUUGAGUCGGGGAAAAGAGUUGGCGUUAUUACUUUUGAUGGAGAUGUUUUAGGUGAACACCAUCUUAAAGGAGUGGGUGCAGAUUUGAGCACCCCGAUUGUUGGUGUGAAGAAAGGAUGCUCAUUUGAUCAAUUGGUAAGAAGGGCCAUACCUUUCAAUUAUGAAGCCAAUAAAAAUGACAUCAUCGAAGCUGGUGAGAGAUUAGUCAGAGAAAAUAAAAAUAUUGGAGGUAUAGUGUUAGAAUGUGCUAAUAUGGGUCCAUAUCGUCAUGAUCUUCAGAAACAUUUGAACUUACCAGUAUGGGAUAUUAUCACAUUAGCAAACUUUAUGUUUGAUGUCAAUCAACCAAGAUCUUUUAGAUAG